GGUUCGGGGUGCGCAGCAGCCCGGCCGGGACCUGGGUGCCUCGGACUAGGGUGACCCCGCGCGGUCCUGGCCUCCGCCGGCUCCAGGCUCCAGGCUCCAGACACCAAGUCAGAAAUUGGUGGCGGGCCGCUGGCGAGGAGUCUUGGCCACGCCCAGCGCCCCAGACCUUGGGCUGGCGAGCUGGUGGGCGCUAUGAGCCAGGUGCUGGGCAAGCCGCAGCCGCAGGAGGAGGAGGACGACGGCGAGGAGGACGAGCUGGGGGGGUUCGCGGAGUACGGUGAUGGGCCCGUCUCUUCCGACACCGACCAGGACAGCGGCACGGAGGGGGGAGUUCUGGACUUCAGCGAUCCCUUCAGCACUGAGGUGAAGCCCAGAAUCCUGCUCAUGGGCUUGAGGAGAAGUGGCAAGUCAUCUAUUCAGAAAGUUGUCUUUCACAAAAUGUCUCCCAACGAAACACUAUUCUUGGAGAGUACUAACAAGAUCUGCCGGGAAGAUGUUUCCAACAGCUCCUUUGUCAGUUUUCAGAUUUGGGACUUCCCAGGACAGAUUGACUUUUUUGACCCUACAUUUGACUAUGAGAUGAUCUUCAGGGGAACAGGAGCACUGAUCUUUGUCAUCGACUCCCAGGAUGACUACAUGGAAGCCCUGGCCAGGCUUCACCUCACAGUGACCAGAGCCUACAAGGUGAACACUGAUAUUAACUUCGAGGUGUUUAUUCAUAAAGUGGAUGGUCUGUCAGAUGACCAUAAAAUUGAAACCCAAAGAGACAUUCAUCAGAGGGCAAAUGAUGACCUUGCGGAUGCUGGCUUAGAAAAAAUUCACCUCAGCUUUUAUCUGACAAGUAUAUAUGACCAUUCAAUAUUCGAAGCUUUUAGUAAAGUAGUUCAAAAACUGAUUCCACAACUCCCAACUCUGGAGAAUUUGCUAAACAUCUUUAUCUCAAAUUCUGGAAUUGAAAAGGCAUUUUUGUUCGAUGUGGUCAGUAAAAUUUAUAUCGCAACUGACAGUACUCCAGUGGAUAUGCAAACCUAUGAGCUCUGCUGUGAUAUGAUAGAUGUGGUGAUUGAUAUCUCUUGUAUUUAUGGUCUCAAAGAAGAUGGAGCAGGAACCCCCUAUGACAAGGAAUCAACAGCCAUUAUAAAACUGAAUAAUACAACAGUUCUUUAUUUAAAAGAGGUGACAAAGUUCCUGGCACUCGUUUGCUUUGUCAGAGAGGAAAGCUUUGAAAGAAAAGGACUUAUUGAUUAUAACUUUCAUUGCUUCCGGAAGGCCAUUCAUGAAGUUUUUGAGGUGAGAUUGAAAGUGGCGAAAUCUCGAAAGGUUCAGAAUCAGCUACAGAAGAAAACAGGAGCUGCUUCUAAUGGUACCCCUAGAGUGCUGCUGUAGGUGAGGUUUCAGGAGUAUCUUCUGAAAUUAGACCUUUCUUGUGAGGCUGCUGUGCUCUUGCCUAAAGAACAAGGGAGGACAGUUGGACACAUGACAUUGAUUUGUUGUUAAAACAAAAAACUCACUGCAUCGUGAUCUCUUUUUUUUUUUUAGGUAAAUUAAGCACUUUGAAGCAAAACUUGUACAGUAACAAUAAAGAGAAAUCCACUGUACCUUAUAGAAAUGUAAACUUUUGUGGUUGGUAGAAAAAUCCCAUGUGAGAACUGUCACUGUACAUAUUUUGUACUUUUUUAUGUUUUUUUUUUCCUUCACUGAGCUGAACUUUAAUAAUGACUUUCCUAAGCGCUUUUCUAUUCUUGGUGUCAAGUCCAUAUUCAUAGCAAUCAGAAAUGAUUCAAAAAAUGAUAUAUUGGUAAAAGAUUUUUUGUAGAUGUGGAAAUCUUUGCUAUAGUUAUUGAGAAAAACAAAAUCAUUUUUUUCAAUGGAGCUAGAACAUAUUGGGGCUGUGAACUCCAGGAGCAAUAAUUAUCCCCUAUUUGUAAUGGAUAUAGAAAGGAACUUUGUAAAAAAAAAAUUUAGUAACAAACUUAUACAAAAGUUUGUAUCACUGUGGCCAUGCACCCUACUCAGUAGUAUGAAGCUCUUUACCUCACCAUAUGCCCCUCUUCUAUCAUGUCAUACAGAUAGGUGAUUUCUUUUUGCUGCGGUACUGUCUUGUAGAACCUUUGGGACCAGAUUUCCACAAUGGUGCUGAUCACUGGAAAGAAUAAGAAUGUCAUUAGAGGAGUUUGGGACAAAUGACAUGGAUGUGUUGAGAAAUUCUAGAGGCUCUUCUGUGCCUACAACUUGGGGUUAAAACAACAUCAGAAGGCCAAAGGUUUCCCAAAUGUAGGCAGUUGGCAACUCUAGGCUAAAUGCAAAUGUGCUUCUGUAUAUUUGGCCCCUGUUGUGCUGCAUUUAAAGUCUUUACCUGCAACUGUUUUUAAUUGUUCCAUGACCACCACAUGGAGUAAAUCUCAUAUCUCCAUAGAGCUUGAUACUACUGGUUCCAUUUGUCACCUGAGAUACCAUUUCAUCUGUGACAAUUUGCCUCAUGUCCUCCACCUGUUCCCACUUUAUGACUAAGUUCAACUUGCCACUAGUGUGCCCUGCAAGGUUAAAGAGUCAUAAUGAAAGCCCGUGGCCAGUGAGAAAAGAAUGGUUUGAAGGGGUAUCAUAGUUACCUAUGUAUUUGUAUAAUGAGAAUUAUGAGUCCUAAAUCUAUAUGUCAGACCAUUCCAAGUAGAUAGAAAAUUCUAUGAUCAGCUUAAAACUUUAACACUUUAUGACAGGCAUGUGGGACAUUAAAAAAGUAUUCUUUUUAAAGUAGAGCCUCCUAAGGCCCAUCAAAGCUAGUACUUGCAAAAACAUGUAAAGUCCCUGGGGCAACUUCUCCCUUAAAUUCACUUCUCUCAGUGACUUCUUUCCAUAAUCUUUCCUUAUUCUCCCAAAGUCCUACUCGUUUUAAUCUGGAAACUAAAAUGGAAGAUCAUUGAGGUUUAAGUUUGUGCAUUUUAAAGGAGAUGUCUAGAAAGUGUUAUGACACCCUAACUCCUUAUGAUCUCUUAUUUAUAACCCUGGAUGGGCAGGUAGGAGCCCAGGGUUCCAGAGAAGGCUUUUCCUUAAUUUCCAGAGCUGUUCCCCAUUGGGUCUUUGCCAACAGGACUGAUGAAUGUGGGUUCUUUUUAUAAAUGUAAUUGUUAUUUUGUUUUAUUUGAAACAGGGUCCCAUCUGGUGCUGGGAAUUGAGCCCAGGGCAUUAUGCAUGCUAGGAAAGUACUCAACCAAUGGAAUUAAAUCCCUAGCCUUAUCUCUUAAUUAGCAAAUAAAGAGUUACAUUUCUAAUUCAACAUUAUCCUUGAUAUAGACACCUAUCUGGUAAACCACAUAUUACUUAUGUAUAUACACACAUACAGUGUGCAUGUGUGGAUUAUUAUAUAGUUUCCAUUUUUAAGCUGGGUAUAUGAUGAGUUUUUGAUGAAAUGUGCCUUAAAAGCCUGUUACUUCAAGAGCAUGUGAUUCCUUGGGAAAUAGGCAAAAAUAAUGACCCAGGACUUCAAGUUCAUGGUAGUAUACGUAAUCACCUGCUGAUAUUUAUACUGCCUCAAACCUUGUAAGUGCGACAACCUUUAAAGAAAGAUGUCAGAGUUAGGUCUGAAUGUUGAGGUUUUUCAGAUCUGUGCUAUUGGAAUUGCAACAAAUCUUCAAGUUAUUUUUGGGUUUUACAUUUGAUAUGGAAGUUAGCCUGUGGUAAUGUACACAUUUAUGUUUUAUGCUAAGAUGUAAUUAUAAAGGCCAAAGCUCUGGCUACAGAGCUGUCCUGAAACAUUUUUGCUUGGCUUUAAAAGUUGAGAACUUAAUACAGGUUUCUAGAUCAGAGCAGUCUUUUGCAUUUUGAGUUAAGUAUAAUUUAUAUAUCAUAGGCAGACUAAAUUAUCAUCUUUGGUUCAUUUCAGUGAUGUAGAUUAGUGUAAAUGACCAGUAUGGAGUGUUUUUUCUUUCUUUCUUUUGUUUUUUCAAGGUAGGAUUUCACUCUAGUCUAGGCUGACCUGGAAUUCACUCUGUAUUCUCAGGGUGGCCUCGAACUCACAGUGAUACUCUUACCUCUGCCUCCCAAGUGCUGGGAUAUUAAAGAUGUGCACCACCACGCCUGGCUCUUGGAGUGUUUUUUUAAAGAAAUAUAAAUAAAGGCCAACUGACAUUCACAGUGUUACUUUGUGACUAUAAUAUAUUUUGGACCCUUAAAUAUAAAAUGACUAAAAAUCACAGAAAGAUUGUUUUGUAUGAAUUAUAUGGCCAACUCUAUUUGAA